AUGACUGUGGACCUCACCACCUUGGAUGCCCACGAGCAGCCCUCGGAUCAUCUCAGGAAAAUAUGGAAGGGCUAUUCCCGAGCAGACGGAGCCGCAAUUCUCAGUGGAGGCGAAGUCGACGACCUAUCCGUGCCGGAGAAGCUUGCUGAGUUCCAAAAAGGAGGCAGCAUCCCUGCAGAGAAGAUUCGCUCGGCUCUUUCUCACCUUGCUGAGGAUGACCCGUCCAUUGCUGAAGUGAAGCAAGACGCCGCUGUCUAUUACCACCCCCUGAUUCCAGGCGAGUUCAAUUGUCCCAUAUGGUUGUCAUGGGCAAGUCAGACUCUGCUGUCUCGUCUCAUCCACAGAGACCUGAGCCGACCUCACCACCAGACUAAUAUGCAUCUGCACUACGAUCUCCCCUAUCCCGAAAAUGAUGCUGUCACCAAUGGGCCGCAGUCAUUUUUCACAUACUCACCAGAAUCAGAAACCAAAUUCAUCCCCAAGGACCCCUCAGUGCACAAGACUCUCUCCAUGAAGCAGGUGAUGGAACGGCGCCUGCAUUGGGUCACUCUGGGCGGGCAAUAUGACUGGACGAAUCGGGUGUAUCCAGGUGAAGAGCCGCCCGCCUUUCCCGAAGACGUGGCUGGCCUCUUGGAAACUCUGUUUCCAGAGACCCAGGCUCAGGCGGCCAUUGUCAACUUCUACACCCCCGGCGACACGAUGAUGAUGCACCGGGACGUGUCUGAGGAGACGGAUAAGGGCCUUGUGAGCCUGAGCAUGGGGUGUGAUGCAUUGUUCAUGAUUGCACCCAACGACGUGGGCAAGAUGUCCGAGGCAGACAGGCCUGCGCAAGGAGAGAAAGAGUACCUGCUAUUGCGUAUCCGUUCUGGAGACGCCAUAUACAUGACACAGGAGGCAAGAUUCGCCUGGCAUGGAGUGCCCAAGGUCAUCAAGGGAACGUGUCCUGAAUACCUCGCGGAUUGGCCUGCGGAAGACGGCAAGUAUGAGGAGUGGAGAGGGUGGAUGUCCAACAAGAGAAUCAACCUGAACGUGAGGCAGAUGCGAGACUGA